AUGGGCAGAACGAAAGUCGCGUAUGUGGUCUUCAGAGGCACACGACCUGGAGUAUAUUCCACUUGGGAAGAAUGCAAUUUCUACACUUCAGAAAUACCUGGAAAUUGCUACAAGGGCUACGCGACUCGCGCAGAGGCGGCGCGACAAUGGGCCAAUGCGCUGGCAGGAGGUAGGAUCAAGACGCUCCAACGACCCACAGACUCUCCGGUCCCACCAUCACCCCUACAUAUGAACAGUCCUCCAAGUCCGCGUGCUAGGCGGUCUUCCAGACAACACUCCCCGCGAGAAAUCCGUGUGCAACUGGCCACUGCAUCCGCUGCGCGUCCUGCUAGUGCUUCCGGUAGCGAUACACGUCGAGCAGCCACACAGGCGCGGCAGCGUACUCCCAGUCCAUUGCUGAUCACAGGUGACCGCGCAACUCCCCAAUCUGCGGCAAGGUCAUCUGCAUCCUCGCCUGAUCGUUCUGGCUAUGUAUCCUCAGGUGUCUCCCAGUAUGGAACACCUGCCACCAGUCCUGUCCCGACUCCUCCAUCCUCGCCGGACACGGGAGUAUCGGUGAUUCUGCCAGAUGAACCACCCAGCCCAUAUCAGGGUUCCUCAGACGUUUCGUCUCCUGCAGAUAGCACGGUGCGCUCGCUCGAGGUGACACGCUUCCAAGUGCAAUCUCCCGUGGGCAAGAGCGAGACCACGGCUAACGACUCUCCGGCUACGGAAAUCACGCAGAUCGAGCCGUUCUUCUCCAGCCUAAGCAUCGGUGGGAGCGCUGCGGAUACUCCCGCUCCUCGUCCUAGUCCCAUUCAUAGACCGUCCACCACCUCUAGCCGCAGCGGGAGCGCAGGCUCGACGCCCCGCCAGCGUGGAUCGCGCACGCUGAAGAAGGAAUACAGCAGCAGCAGCGUGCAGACGGAACCCGAGACGCGCAUGUUCUCUUCUAAGUCCAGCGCGCGCACGACCCCCGCUGGCUCGUCGUCUGCCACCAGGGCGCUCGCGCGCAGCCAGAGCGAACGGCAAUCUGCUUCGCCUGCAUCUCGCGCUCCUGUGGUGGCUUCACCGUCUUCUCCCAGCACGAUCGUCCGCAGCUACAGUGAGGAGACGUAUGACGCGCCUGGGAACACCGUACAGGCGAGCGGCAGUGGUUCGCGCCGUGGUCAGAGAUCGGCGGAGGUGACGCCUUCACUGAGCCCGCUUGGCCUAGCGCUGUCUCAGCCAAUGCAUGCGUCGAAUAUGGUGAUUGAUGCUGCGUCUGACCCGCGUUCGCCCAUUUCGAGAAGGACUGCUGUGCCUGCUAGGUGA